UUCACAGUAGUUAUCCGCAUCUUGAGCUAGUGACAUAAAUUAGACAAUGUAUUGGUCUUCUCUAGCUUCUACUGUCAUUAGCUGCUUGUCUAAUAAAUAUUAGUAAUAAAUUCAACGAUAAACUGUCAAAGCUGCACUUACCGCGUAAUUAUAUAGAACGUUUUGUUUUUUUUGUCAAUACGUAUAUUAUAAUGUGAAGUAAAACAUUUUUAUUAAUUUCGAGUACAAUGACUCACAGUACACUACGUCGGCACGUUGACAAAUAAAUAAAUGUCCGAUUGACUCGACUGACGUAUUCAAUAAUUAACUACAAGCUAUGUACAUAACAGGUUUUAAAGAUAAAACCAGGUUUCCUCGUCAGUGUUACACGGCCGGACAAAGGCAGGAUCUAGAUAAUUAGUUGCGGACAAAAAUAGUCGUCGGUGUCGGGCCCUGGUCCAGGUGACGUCAGCGCGCCAGGGCCGGCGGCGGGGCAAGACGGGCCCCGCGCCAGUGUCGCGCGCGCCGUCAGCCCGCUCGCACGCCACCUGCCGAGCCUGAGCCAGCACCCGCCGCGCGCUGCCCUGCCGCCUGCUCGCCUCCACCGGCCCCCUCCCGGCUGCCUACGCGAUCCUGAACCACACGCUCACUUAGUGCAAUGGUCAGAAGAUACGAAAGAAUGAGUGGACGCCAGUCCUGGAACGAAGAUGACAUGGCUAAGGCAGUCGCAGCAGUCGUGUCAGGUAAGAUGGGGUACAAGCUGGCCGCCAGGACCUUCCACAUUCCUCGCUCAACUCUCCAAAGACGUGCUAGCAAGAUAAGGUAUCAGCAACCUGAUGACCCCAAACCUUUAAUGGGCCACUACCGAAGGGUCUUCACGGACAGUCAAGAGAAAGACUUGGUUGGAUACAUCAAAAGCAUGGAGAAGUAUUUCAUGGGAGUUUCCAGGCGAGAUAUUCGGGAGCUAGCCUUCCAGUACGCAGAAGACAACCAUCUGAAUCAUCCGUUCGAUGUGAACACCAGGAUGGCAGGCGAAGACUGGGUCAGGAACUUCCUGAAGAGGAAUCCAGAGCUCCUGGACAAGUCGGAGCAUGAGUGCGGCUUGGAGCCCGUGAACUUCGAUCAGUUCUAUCACUUUAUGUGUCAGCUGUCAUGAUGACUGGCUGCUUAGACGGUAAAACUAGUUGUAAGUAAAAAGGUCAAGUUCGCCCCCCAGAGAGCCUCAGCAUUAAUGUUUGACAUGUGUGAAUCCAACCUGUGUAUACUGUACUUGCCCACUUUGUAAUCAUUCAUAUGAAUUUGUUGUACAAGAUAUUGCUCAAUAACACACAUUCGUAAUCAAAACGGUAACCAAAUCAUGAAGACUUUAGGCAGUUUAUAUCCACAAUUUGAUACAUAGUACAGUAAGAGUUUUGGAAAGGUUUUUUUAAAUUUACAUAUAUGAACAAAAUUGUAGCAAAAGUAGAUGAAGAGAGCCAAGCUCAAAUAUGCGAUGUUACCUUUGAUAUUUUCUUAAUUUGAUUAGAUAUUUUGUUUUGUUAAUAUUUGGGACCGUGGACAGAUGCGCGCAUGGCCGCGUGUCACAGUCACGGUUCUGCACUUAGUAAGUACUUACGAAGUCUAUAGUUGUAUCUGAUUUAUAGUUUAAAUUUUGUUAUUUAAUGGUACUAAAAGAUAACUUGCUAAAUUAAGGGCUGUGAUAACAGAGAAAGGUGUAUUUUUAUGGAACAUAUCUAUUGAGGUGAUGUAUAUAUUUACAAAGACGGUAUCUGAUAUUUUAAAUUUAAUAGCUUACUACAAAUUGCAAUGUGAACGCAGAGUAUCUCUUGAUUGUAAAAUGUUCCGUAACAUAGUUUCUACCGGCAAGGCGCAACGUAGCGGGAUGGUCUGAUUUGCAAUAUUUCCUUUGUGUGCAAUAUUAAAGCUAUGUACUAAGGAGCUAUAAAAACUAUGCAGCGAGCACGUCAUACAAGACGCGACAAAUAACAUGUUUCAGCGGUCACGCUAUAAGCAUCAUGCGUCGUACGUUACGUGCCAAACUCAAAAAAACUGGAAACAAUGUAAUUAAUACGUGAUCAGAGACAACGUUCGAUUGACGUAGUGCUAACACCAUACAAAUAAACGUUUUUCAUAUUAAAAUGGCAUGCAAAUAAAGCAAUAAUAAAAUGCUCGUCCAUGAAUUUUACGUAACAUACGCGCAUGAAUCUGCAAUCGAGGCAAACAUUCUCCAUUAGUGUAGUUUGACGUAGCGCAUACAACUGCAGUGUUGCCAGUUACGGAACAUUUGCCCCUAAUGAAUGCUGAUAACGAGCGCGUCAGCGAUCUGCCACGCGCUGCGCUCAGCUCCAACGAGCCACUACCUGCGUCACUCACAUGCAUAUAAACUCUUUAUACGUACUAUUGGGAUGGGAUAGUGAUAUUCGUGGGAUUUCGGCUUAUCUAAUUAUUUCGAUUCUAGUUAAAAUUAUGUUCGUGUUUCGUCCAAAUCAAUGCUAUUUUUCUAUAGUCACUAUUUUAACGAUCCCACUGUACCAAAUUAGUUAUAUUAUUAUCGUUACCUGAUUCAAGUUUUGAUCUCUUUAACUUAGUUCAAAAUAGCGAAAUGUUUAUUUAUUUAGAUCUCGAAAUAUUAAAUGUUUGUUGGUUUAUUAAAAUUUUAACAUUCGGAAACAUUACCCGUAUGCCAAACUAUGUUGUUAUUUUGAGAUUUAUUUUUAAUUAAUAUAAUAAUAUUCCUAUGUACUUAGUUUAAAGAAUUAAUGUGAUUAUAAAUUGAAAUAUUUAAUAAAGAAAAUUUUAAGUACCUACA